UGCCCAACAAAUUCCAAUAACGCUGCGCACCGACGCGUUGGAGUACUCACUCCCCAUCACGCACACGACGACGGUCGCAGCCCAGCUUUAAGACGUGCUGCUGCCAUGAGCAACAGGGCAGCCAUUUUGCGAUGCUGCCUCGUCGGCGCGCUGCUUCUCACUUCGGCAGUCCCUGCGCGCGGCAUCUCGGUGGGGUUCUCGUCCUGGCACACGCCAGUCGUUGGCAAUCUGCUAGUCUCAGAGGGCUUGGUCAGCGCGGCGGCGGCGCGAGGCGCUGCUCGCUUCAGUAGUAAAGGGCCUCGGGCCGAUGUCCCGGGGAUGACGCGGCGGCGGCUCGACGACUGCGGGAACGACGAUUCGACCGAAGACGAGUACGGCGAUACGUGCACGGAUUGGUAUGACGACAACCCCGAUGGUUGCGGCGACUACGACGACACGGACUUCACGGCGAGCGAGCAGUGUUGCGCGUGCGGUGGUGGUCUUGCUGGUGGCACGUUCGCGCCGACCAUCACGCCGGCGCCGUCCGCAGCACCCUCUACGCCGGAGCCGUCAACGCAGUCGCCAACCGGAGCGCCAACAACUGCCGCUCCGUCAAUGACCUUUGCGCCAACGCCCACGCCAUUGCCCUACGAGUACGCGCCGACAGUAGAUGCGAUGCCGUACUGCCGGCUUCAGACUUCAUCCGCCUGCUGGGGCAACACGCACAGAUUCCUGGCGGUGACGGCGAAUGGGCCCUUCGACGGCAUCGACGCUGGCUCUUUCAGCAGGCCAGCGCUCGGAGACCUCGACGGUGACGGCACGCUCAGACGGUGUCCAUGAAUCGAUAAACUGCGAUCUCACGUUUUGUGUCGCUCGCAGGCGACCUGGACCUCGUGGUGGGCGAACGAUACGGCGAGCUCACCCUCACCUACAUGGAGAACACCGGGACGUCUACGGCGCCGGUGUUUGUGGCAAGGACCGGAAGCGCGAACCCCUUCGAUGGCAUCGACGUCAGCGAAUGGAGCUCCCCCGCGCUCGGAGACAUCGACGGCGACGGCACGCUCAGACUGCGUCCGUCGAUCGAGAGACUGCGACCACACUUUACGUUUCUCGCGCAGGCGACCUGGACAUCGUAGUGGGAGAGACUACCUACGUAGAGGGCGAAUGGAAUACCUGGCUCACCUACAUCGAGAACACCGGGACGUCUACGGCGCCGGUGUUCGUGCAAAGGAUCGGAAGCGCGAAUCCCUUCGCCGGCAUCGACGUCGGCCAAUUCAGCGCCCCCGCGUUCUCCGAUAUCGACAACGACGGCACGCUCAGACCGUGUCCGUCGAUCGAUAAACUGCAACCGCACGUUUUGUGUCUACCGCAGGUGACCUGGACCUCGUAGUUGGCAAUAUAAAUGGCCUGCUCAUCUACAUCGAGAACACCGGGACGUCUACGGCGCCGGUUUUCGUGCAGAGGACCGGAAGCAAGAAUCCCUUCGCCGGCAUCGACGUCGGCGAUAUCAGCCGCCCCGCGCUCGCAGAUUUCGACAACGACGGCACGCUCCGACCGCGUCCGUCGAUCGAUAAACUGCAACCGCACGCUUUGUGUCUACCGCAGGCGACCUGGACCUCGUCGUGGGCGAAGAAGGUGGCAAGCUCACCUACAUUGAGAACACCGGGACGUCAACGGUGCCGGUGUUCGUGCAACGGACCGGAAGCGCGAACCCCUUGGACGGCAUCGACGUCGGCGAUUCCAGCGCCCCCGCGCUCGGAGACCUGGACGGCGACGGU